AUGCCAGAUAUAAACUUCAAUUCACUCGAAGAUAGAGCCAUUGAUGUUGACCCAGAUAUCAGGUUUAUGGCAUUGGAGGAUUUGCGUAAGUUUCUAACUGAUGAUACAAUUACCAUCAGUCGAACUGCCAUCAAUCAGUCAUUAAACAACAUGAUCCCCACUCUUUUGAAAAUGUUAAACGAUCCCAACCCAGAUGUUCAAAACCAAGCAGUUAAAUCAUUCGAACCAAUGGUUAGGUAUUUGAAUAAUGAUUCUAUUGUUAAACUAGUCAAGAGGUUGUUUGCGUUAGUACAAGAGAGUAACAAUAAGGAUUCGUCAUCUUCAAGAGCAACCACUAGUUUUAGAAGCUUUACUAUUUCGAUCCCCAAUAUGGCAUUGAGAUCUUUGUUUGCGCAGUCCAAUUCGAGGGCUAAAUCUGAUUUUGUUUCGGAUAAAUUGUCAAUAUCAAACUACAAGUAUGAACGUGAAUUAGCAGAAUCGAUAACUAGAUACCUCAUUCCAUUGAUUUUGGAAAAUGAUACAACUAUUGAUAAUAUAGAAUUAUUAAUUGAUUUAAUCAAUGAAUUGGGAUACGUACUUGCACAAGAGGAGUUGAUAAGGUUGGGAAAGUAUUUCAUCGAUGUUGGGUUCAAAGAACUGGGAAUUAUUGGCAAGAAGGCAAUAGUUGGACUUGAGGGGGUUACAGCAUUGAUUCGUUCAGCGGAUGUAAUUGAUCAAUUAGUUGACGAGAUCUCAACUCAAGCUCAACAAUCAAAAUUAAAUAAUAAAUCAUUUGUUUUAUAUCAAUUAUAUUCAGUCAUUUUGAAUAGAGGUAUUAAACCGGAAAAGAUUGACCAAAUUUACAAUACCGUCAAACUAGAAAUAGAGUCCGCCACCACAGGUGAUGACGAUGAAGAUUUAGACUAUGAUUUACUCGAACAGCAAAAUGCAUUAAAAGAGGAGGCAUUUACUACAUUGAUCGAUUUGGUGAAUCAAAACUUUUUAUCGAUAAAGUUUAAAAAUGAAGUUCUUUCAAUAAUCACCAAAUAUCUCAAGUACGACCCAUUACAUGAUGAUAGUGAUGAGGAUAUUGAUUCAGAUGGUGAGGAUGAAAUAGACUUCAGCGAUGAUGAAAUCGAAGCUGCCGAUGAUCUGGAUUAUGACAAUUCAUGGAAAUUAAGAGCCAAAGCUACUAUAUUAAUUCGUUCAUUACUUGCAAGCUUUCCUGAUACUUUGGAAAUAUUGUCAAGAGAGGUAUUGCCUAUACUUCCACUUAGAGACUUGAAUGACCAAGUUGUUAUCGAAGCAGCAAAAUCAUGCAUUGCAAUUGUACAAGCUACUUCCCCACGUGAUUCACAGAAUGUUCAAAGUAUAGGACUGAUAUUACGUGACCGUUUGGAAGAUGUCAAGGAAGAGCAAUUGCCAUUAUUUCUUCGCAUAGUGGAAAGUUUGAACCGGUUUGAUAAUUUACCAUUAAUUGAAGCUACUUUUAGCAUAUUGAGUCAAAGAAAUGUCGUCUCUUCCAGCUCAUUGGAUUAUUUGCAAUUUUAUUCCAGUGUUUUGAAGUUCCAUGAUAAUUUGAAUUACACUGUUGUUGAACGUAUAUCGAAGGAUGUUGCCACUAACCUCGAAGAUAGAUCAUUAAAUUUGAUUUUGGAAUCUUUGAGAUGCCUUAGUAUCCUUUUAAAACAUAAAGAAGCUACAAAAAUAUCAAACAUUGAUGAAAUUUUAGAGUUGUUGACGGACAAGGUGGAGAAUAGUAAACAAUACCCUAGUGAUUUAGUACGUCUCGCAAUUAUUUGUCUUGGUGAAGCAUUGGCUAAUGACUUAGUAUCAUCAGAAAAGGGCGUAUUAGAAGUUUUCAAAACCUCAGUUGGAUACGAAGGAACAAGUAAGGUGACUAUUGAUGUACUUAAAAACUUGUACAAUUUGAAGUCAAUACCUGAGAAUUAUUCGUUGUUCAUUAUUGACAAGCUAACCAACUAUAUCCUUUCAAGUAAUGAAGCAAUCUCAUUGGCUACUUUAACACUAUUGAAUGAAAUUGUUCAAAAGGUACCACCAAGGAAGUAUGAUGACAUCAUUUUUAAUUUGUUGCAAUUACUUCGAGUCACUAGUCCUUUGAAUUACCAGUAUAUUUUUCUGAUUUUCAACCACUUGUCUAAUGACCUUCUUGGCGAUGUGGAAUAUCGUAAGCAAUUGAUGCAAAUAUUGAUAAGAUUGGUCAAUGACAAAAAGAUUAAUGGUGAUGACAGGCUAUUUUUCUAUUUGGUUGCAGCUGCAUGUCAAGUGGAUCAAGCAGUAUAUUCCCAAUUGGAACAGGAUUUAUCUGCUAAUCUCCAAAUAACACCAAAAAUCUUAGCUGUUUGUGCUGAUGAUGAAACCAAACAAGAAUUGAUUAGUAAGAGACUGAAGGAAUUCCAUAAUUAUUACACUUGUGAUAUUAAUAAUCCUCAUUUUUCUUUUGUUAUUUUGUUCUUAGCUUUCUCACAUGGUGAUGUACCUGAUUUGCUGGUUGAUUCCUUGAUUCAACUUUUACAAAAGCCUGAUUUUACCAAUGAUGCAAAUGUUCAAGCAGCAUCAACCGCGUUAGGGUUGGUAGCAGAAAGCGAUACCGAAAAAGCCGUACCUCAAAUCCUUAGUGCAUACAGGGCCGAAAAUCUCUCAUCAGUACGUGGAUCAUUGAUUGAUUCUUUAAAGGUGAUUGUUGAUCAAUGUGAUCAAGGACAAAAGUUGCAAACUUGGCAAUCUGUUUUCAGCUUGCAGUCUGAAUAUGACCAUGAUUUGGUCCCUGAAUUGAGAAAAUCGGGUGAACUCCUCGGUUCAAUUGCAUUUUCCAUCAACGAACCGGAAAUUAGACAAUUUGGUGAUAAUCAAUCGGACAAGAGAAAGAUUUAUCUAAUGUUGGUGGUUUCAAAGUCAUUGAUCAGUGGUCUUGAACUGUCCAACACUAAUGAUAAGUUAUUGUCAUAUUUGGUUACUGCAUCAAUCACUUGGCUUGAUAUCGUUGAUGUCGACAUUAGACAAAUUGUGGUCGGCAAUUUGUUAACUGGAAUUCACAGUAAACCAAAUAUCGUCUUGCCACUUUUGAACAAUUUGAUUUUACCUCAUUUGUAUAAACAGCUAACAGCAGAAAAGGCAUUCAAGAAAAUCAUUACAAUGGGUCCAUACAAAUACGUACUUGAUCAAGGUUUGGAAAUAAGAAAGCUUUGCUACGAGUUUAUUUACUCGAUUUUGGCUAUAGACGAAUCAUCACUUGCCAAAUACAAUAUUAAUAUUCAACUAAUUGCCCAGAAAAUAAUUGAACAUGGGCUAAUCGAUGAUCAAUCAGAUAUUAUUGUUCUUUCAUGUAUGAAUUUAUUGAAUUUUCUUGAUUUGCAUGAAUCUCAAUUUAAAGAAUUGAUUAAGAAUUCGAAUCAAGAGUUUAUAAACAAUUUCAUUAAUGGAUUGAAUACUCAAUUAAAUAAAAAAUUAUCAGCAAAGGCAUCAUCUCAAGAAACUGAGAACCAUCAAGAACGAAUUAAAUCGAUAAUCAAAUUGUCGAAAAAAAUUAAUGUGAUGGUUGAAGCAUUACAAUCAGAGCUCAAUGAUGCAAAUUUUUUUGAUGCUUGGAAUCAGUAUCAUAAUAACAUUAAACAAAAUUUCGCCGUGUUUUACAAUAGUGCAAAGAUUUAG